AUCCACCAGCACAUACUGACAGACACAGAUUUUGAGAGGGAUAUGAAGAGGAGAAUGUUUCAUCGUCAUGCUUUAAUGCAACCUACUGCAUUUGACCGAUUGUCUACCCAGUUUAACUGUUGUAUUUGUACUGAUUAAACUCUAGGAUAUAGCUACAUUUGCACUUCAUUAUUUGUAUGUAUUGUUUUAAAUAGAUAUAGCACUCAUUAACUUAAUCACGUAAAUCUUGCUGGCCAGUAUAAACGUAACGUUAUCCAGCAUGAGACGUUUGUUUACAGUCUGAGCCAUUGGACUUGCUAGUAGGGGGCGGCUAGCUUCGUAGCUAGCUUCGUAGCUAGUUUCCUAACCAGCUAACUACCUUUUUGUAGUGCUUCCCGAUCCACUGUCGCACCACCUCCAGCUGGGCUAAAGUAUCCGGACUCUCCCAGAACCGAGCGGACGGACUGCUGUCUUUUUUCCGGUGUGCAGAUGUUCCGGAGCUGACUAGGCUUGUCCCGGGAAUGCCGAGGCCGUGAGAUCCCAUGGGUGUGCAGGGUCUGACCACCUAUGUGGAGGGGAACAGAAACUUCCUCCAAGAUGUGAAGUUCAGAGAUAGUCGCCUGGUCAUUGAUGGCUGCAGUCUGUAUUUCCGCCUCUACUUUAGCCAUGGUUUGGACCAGCAGCAUGGAGGGGACUUUGAUGCUUUCGCUUGCCUGCUCACCCAGUUCUUCUCUGCAUUGGCGGCCUGUAACAUCCAGCCAUAUGUGGUUCUGGAUGGAGGGAUUGACCCCAGUGAAAAGAAGUUUCCUACGCUGCGUCAGCGUCUGCAGUCGAAGAUAAAAGAUGCAGACAGUCUCUCUCGCGGCCGCAAUGGCUCCGUUCUCCCCAUCCUCACAAGAGACGUCUUCAUUCAGGUCCUCAUCCAGAGAGGAGUCCCACUGGUCCAGUGUCCAGCUGAGGCUGACUGGGAAAUUGCGUGUUUGGCUCACCAGUGGAACUGCCCAGUUCUGACCAAUGACAGCGACUUUUAUAUCUUUGAUCUCCCAGGUGGUUAUCUGCCACUCCAUUUUUUCCAGUGGACCGACCUGAACGGGAAAGCCUCUCACCGCUACAUCUCGGCUCGGUGCUACACCACUGACGGGCUGUGUCGCUGGUUUGGGGGCAUGAACCAGGAGUUACUACCCUUAUGUGCCGUCCUGGCCGGUAAUGACUAUGUCACUCCAAAAGAUGCUCAAACCCUCUUGGGUCUGUUAGAUGCAAGUGCAUUUAAGAGAGGUGGUGGCAGAGGUAGAGCGCCCACUUCCCGCAUUGAGGGCUUCCUCCUCUGGCUGUCUUCUUUUUCAAAUCCAGUAGAGGCCCUGGAGGAGGUGAGCAGGCUGAUGGGGGAGGAAGGUGGGAGUUGUAGGGGCAAGAAGGGUGGGCUCAGUUCACAGCUGUGGGCAGGUAUGCAGGAGUACCACAUCACCCCUCAAAGCUGUUUGGCUCGCUGGUUCUCUGGAGGUAAAGAAGCUCCUGGAGGGUGGACCUCUGGACUGCCAGAGUGCCUGUCGCUGGCUGCAGCACAGGGACUGUUGGCUCCCUUAGUUGUAGAUGCUCUGGUGAUGCGCAGGGUUCUCCUCAUCCCACAGGUAGAGAAUAGCAAGCUAGCUAGCAGCCAUUGUAGUGCCAGCGCCAUACGCCAGGCUGUAUAUGGGCUAUUACUGCACAGAGGCCAAGAUGUCCAAGCACGGGAUAUGAGGAUACAGGAAAACAUCAGCCAGGGUACGAGAGGUGGGAGAGGGCGAGGGGGAAGUGGUCAGAUUGGUGGAGGUCAGGGCAUAUUUACACAGCAGGGUGUAAAUAUAGGGUUUAGCAUUGAACAAGCAGCCGGUGCAGCUACAAUGCUGUCUCAAGGCUCUAGUGCCCUGAUGUCUAUCGAGGAGUACGACCGUGUGGAUCUGAACUUUAAGAAAAACAAUGUAGAGGUACAUCCGCUCAGGACUCCCCUACGUCUAGAUACACUCGGCCAGGCUCCUGUGGCAGUUCGUCUUGGUGUCCUGUUAGAAGUCUUGAAGAUGAAGGAGUCUGCCCUGGCUCCUGUUGCCUUCCACCUGAGGCUGGCUGUAGCAGUGACAGCCUUCUGGCUGCGAGAGGCUAUGCCGACACCCUCACAGCUCCAGCUCCAGGCUUUGGUGCUGGGCAUGGUUUACGGAGAGCUUUCCUGGAACAACCAGCCCGAAGCUACCCACUACCAACAUGCCGUCCCACAGCCAAACUGGGCUGCGGAGAGCAAAGUGUGCGCAGAGUUGGAUCGACAACGCGUGAGGACAGGGGAGCGACGGGGCUUGGAUGUCGGAGCGGCUCACAGUUUCAGCCAAUGGCAGGCCUGCCUCUGGAGUGCACAGUGUCUCAAUCAGCUGUUGCUGCUGCCUUUGCCUCAACACCACCUAUCAUGGUUGUACAGUGGUACCUUGGUGCACGGCCUCCUCAGGUAUCUGAAAGGGGGCCGAGCUGCUGAAUCCCUCCUAGCCGGAGGUUCCUUCUCCAGACAACUCUACUCCUCCCUGCUGGACACUGUGAGGAACUGCAGCUCCAAAACCCAUCCCUCCUCUUCGGCAGCAGCGAGGAGGAAGAGAGGCGGAGGCCAGGGAAGGAGAGGGGUAGGGGGUGGUGAGAGAGGAGGAAGGGGAGGGGGUGGUGGAACUGAAGAGAUAAACAACAGGUUUGCCCUCCUGAUGAGCGACGAAGAGUCUGAUGACAAUUGAUGAGGAGGCAGAGUAUGAAGCAGUUGUUAGGGGCCAAAUGAUGGAGGACAUUCCAGUGUUUUAUCAAACACACUCAGGGAAUGCUACAAAUAACGACACCUCUUAAUAUUGACCACUGAGCUUCUACCUUUAUAACCAGGUUGCACUAAUUUUACUUUCCUCACUAAUAUUUUCCCGCCUAUGAAAACUUCUGUUGCCAUCUGAAAUCAAGUGGUUAAAACAUAACAAGCAAAACGUCAGAUCAGUUUUUCAAAAGCACAUUCUUGCCGUAUUUUAGCAGAUUUAUGAGAGCUUUUAUUAAAGUAGUCACUGUAAUCAAUGCUUGUAUUCAACCUUACCGUUUUAUUCAGUUACAUUAAAACAAUUACAAAGUAAAUAAGAAAUUAUUAAUUAAAAAUACAUUUUUAUCAUCUCUGUUUUCAGAAACUUGUAUGGCAGCUGAGUUUACUCAUCUUUCUAUAAUAAAAAAUACAAACCAAA